CUGGCGGCCGUUGGCGGAGCGUGCGGGUGGCGGCGGGCGGGGGGCAGGCCGUGAGCGGGGCCUGGCGGGAAGCGGUGCCGCUGCAGUCAUCCAGCGCCGCACUAUUUCCCCCGAGGCGCAGCCAUGAGCCAGCAGCGAGGCCGAGGGGACGCCGGGGACGCCGUCCGAGAGCCGCAGGCCGGGCCCGGCCGCGUUAAGCGCCGCAAGACCAGGGGCGAGCGCAACCGGGCCAAGUUCGGCCCCAGCCUGCGUGGUGCCAGGUGGAGGGGGGGGAGGCACCCCUGGAUCGGCCUCCCUCAGCCCCGCGCAACCCAGCUCCCCCCCAGCCCCCUGCCGCCCCCCCGGCCCGUCAUCAUCACCCAGCAGCGCCUCUGUCGUCCCCGGGGGCUCCUCGGCCGGGGGGUGGCCUCCAUGGACAUCAAGCGGUUGUUGGAGGGUGGGCAGGGGGCACAGACCCCCCCACGGCUCCCUGCUGAGGAGCUCACAGGGCCUCCGGAGUCCCCCCGGCCUGUCAAGGGGAUGGAGAAGGAAGGGCAGAGGUCACCCUCUCCUUCACAAAACCCCUCGGAGAAGGCGGUUGGUGACAGAGACUCUUUCAGUGCCGUGACCUCUGCCCGGGGGCUGGCUGCCCGCCUGUGUGCCCUUCUGCCACAGCCCGCCGAGUUCUGGGGACGCGUGCUGGCAGAAGAGAGACGCCGUGCGUUGCUGGCCGUCCUGCUGGAGCAUCACCACACCCUGCCUGACCUGGCCACUCUCAUUCCCCACAAAAGUGUGGGGGCCGCAGGGGGACUCUCCCACGCACAGCCCCCUGUGCUGCCCCCUGCCUCCCAGCCACCCCCAGGGCUUAGCACUGCUGAAGCUGAGCUGCUUCCCCAGCCCGUGCAGAGCAGGGACCCAGCACUCCAUCACAGCCACCCCCCCACACCCCCACAGGCCAUCACUCAGUCACCAACUUCUCCAUCCCAGUUCUCUCCUCCCGCUUUCAACACUGAGACGAAGAAGAGGCAAAGCUUGUUCCCCUGGAUGUCAGAGGAUGAGGAUGAUGCACAUCCUGAAAACCCAGCUCCGCAGUUCUGGGUCCAGACCCCCCCACCGCCAUUCAGGUCCACACCCGCUGCACACUCCCCCAUCUCUCACCCCCGUGUAAGGCAUUGCACACCCGAACCAGAGCUGCCACCUCAGCCAAGGCCAAGAAGGGACCCAGCACUGCACUACUGCCGCUGCCGUGCCCCGCUGCAAGCAGUUGCUCAGACUCCAAGCCCCCCAGCUGUCCUGCCACCCCCUGUUUUCGGUGCACAGAGGAGGGAGAGGCAGAGCUGGUUCCCCUUGAUGUCGGAGGAUGAAGAAAACACACACCCUGAAAAUGCAGCCCCAUUCUGGGUCCGGACCCCCUCACCACCACUGUUUAGGGGGCGGACCCCACCUCGCAUCCCCUUGAGGGAGCCAGGCUUCACGUGUGGAGUAGCAUGGGAUCCCAGGGCAGGGGAUACAGCUGAGGGGCAUGGCCAGAUCCGCCAACGGUCCCGUGUACCACAGUGUCACCGGGCGUCACAGCAUCCCUUGGCAGGCCUGCAAACCCCCCCACAACCCCAUCAGUGCCGUGGGAACAGGCAGACACUCCCUGCCUUGCACCGGGGCACUUGCCCUUGUGCUCCCUCCCCACCACACCACCUCCACAAGCACAGUCCCUGUCCCCACAGCUGGCAGCACCCCACUUCGGACCUCCCCAUGUGCCACUGCUUGCCCCCCACCAGCUACCGGCUGCAGGGCUGCAGGGGUCCAACAGAUCCACGGCACAGGGGAUGGCACUUGUCCUGCUGUCCACACAGUGCUGCUCCUCACAGGGCAGGGGAUGGGGACUCCAGCCCUAAUGCCUGGCUCUUCCCCUGCAUGUACUGAGGGCGCAGCAGUGCGGAGGAAGACUCGCUUUAUUGGGGUGCCCCUCCCUGUGCUCAAUAAAGGCUGUUAUGCCCUAUGGCUCUUUCUCUGA